UCGUGGUUGGCUGGGCACAGCGCGAAUUCGAUCUGUCCGAACAGGACGCGGACACAGUAGCGGGGAUUGUGGCGAAUGUGACGCGGUUCAAUGCGCGGUGCAAACCAGAGCUGCUCAACGCGACGACGUACAGUUUGGUUGCGUAUCGCGAAGCAGAAACGAUGCUCGCGGCAUGGUCUAAACUCGUCAGCGCAUCCACAGCUGUCUACGACAACCUCCCGUCGGCGGCGCAGCCGGCGUACUACGAAACCGUGCACCACACGGUGCUGGCAAGCGCGAACCUCGGGACGAUGAUGAUCAAGGCUGGCCAGAACGUGCUGCGCGCGAGCCAAGCGCGGCUGAGCACGAACCAGCUCGCGGACGAGGUCGAGACGCUGUUCGAGAAUGACUUCUCUCUCGAGACGCGCUAUCACGCACUGCUAGACGGCAAAUGGGAGCAUAUGAUGGAUCAGACGCAUAUCGGAUAUGCAUAUUGGCAGCAGCCGAUGACGAACUCGAUGCCGCUGAUCUCGCGAGUGCAGAAGAACAAACAGGCGACACCGGGCCCCAUGCGACUUUCUCCGGAAGGAACGCUGGCUGCAUGGCCCGGCGAUAAUCAGUUCCAGUGCGCGCAAGGAUACAACUGCCCACCACCGACCAUCUCUAUCGACCAAUUCGACCCGAUUUCCGAUCGGUACAUCGAUAUCGGCGCGGGGGGACCCACACCGUUCACGUUCACCGUCGUCAGCAACGCGAGCUGGCUGACGCUGAGCCCCAACCACGGCUCGAUCUCUCCGUCGUCGAAUCAGGAAGUGCGGGUGUUUGCGCGUGUCGAUUGGACGAAGCUGGACGAGGGUCUGAGCACGGCGGCUCUCAACUUCACCGCGUUUGGGGCAGACAAAAAGGUGCUGACCGUGAAUGCGUUUGGCUCGCCGCGGGAUCUGGUGCAGACGUUCAUCGUCGCGAACAAGACGACGCCGAGCGCCGGUUUCCAAGGGUUCGUCGAAGCAGGCGGCGCCGUGUCGUUCGAGGCGCAGCAUGCGACGCGGAACAACUCCGUCGGCGGCAUGGUCUGGCGCACGCUGCCCGGGCUCGGCAAGACGCUCUCGGGCGUGACGCCCUUCCCGCGACUCGGCAACAACGAGAACAACUUCACCGCCGGCGCAGGGCCGUCGCUGGAGUACGACUUUUACACGUUCAGCGGCGGCGCGAACGUGACUGUCGUCACCUACCUGUCGCCGUCGGGCAACGCACUGGGAGCGGACCGCCCGCUGGGCUUCGCGGUGCAGCUCGACGACGCGCCGGCGCAGAGCAACUACUUCUUCCCGUCGGCGGCCCCCGGGUUGGAGCCUGCGCAGUGGAACGGAUUCGUCGCUGCGGAGAUCAUCCAGACGAGGAACGUGUUUGCUGCGCAGCCUGGUGCGCAUACGCUCAAGGUGCGUGUCUGUCCGGUGGGGCGUGAGGUUCAUGUGACGAUACGCGCGCAGUUGUUCAUGAUCGAGCCGGCUGUGGUGGUCCAGAAGAUCGUAGUGGAUACUGGAGGGGUCAAGUCGAGUUAUCUAGGCCCGCCAGAGAGUCUGGUCGUUGGAUGAUGUGUGUUUGAUCACACCCAUGUCCUCUGUUUGCACUAUUCGGAUAGUCAUGCAUCAUCCAUGAAACAUAUUCCAAAAUGUUACACAUUUC